AUGUCUGCUACUCCAAGUAAGCAUACCUCGAGAGGGGACGACGACGACGACGAGACCAAGCUGAUGCCAUCCAUUUCGCUCGCUCUAGACAACGCUGCUGUCUCCCAAUCGACCUCGGCCCACGCUCCUCCUCCUACCGGCCCCGCUCCCAAUCUCACUCCCCCCGGAUCAAAUCCACCCCAAGUUCCCGUACAAGUUCCAAUCACCAACAAUGGCCCACCACCGCAACCGCCGCAGCCGCCCACGCCUAUGCACUUCCAUGGCCCUGCGACCACCGACGAGUUUGUCGAGCCGCAACGGAACGGUCCGAACGGGUUUCCGACCAAUAGUGCACUGCUCUUUUUGGAAGGCGCUUACACUUCAGGCGCUGAGCGCCAUCAAUGCAAACGAGAGGAGAGCGGUUUCGGGCGCCAGUUAGGUGCCGCGCUCUCGUCGGCGCUCCAAACCAUCGAAAAACGGACAUACAUUGCGUGUCGUAUCAACCUGGAUAGACUAUCCAAGCAAGAUAUAAGACUAACGGAUCCUUACCCAACCAUCUUCAAUCUCAACUCUACCAUGUCUACGCCGCGAAACAACGCCGCCCACGAAACCCUCGCUCCUCAUGCCAGUGCUCAGCCAGUCCCUGUAGGUUCCGAAACAACUUCAGUCACUGAAAUCACGUCCGUAAAGUCUGGAGAUGCCCCUACCCAAGCUGGAGAUCCCCAGGUCGCCCAUCCCCCAGCUGCCGUCAUCGUCGCACCCGAUGCUGCGCAGACGCAACCACAAGAGACCACAAUCAACGAUGCAGCGGCACCACCGAGCCAGUCGUCUCAGUCCCCCACGACAAAUGACGGGGCUCCCGUCCCGCAUUGGAACCAUAGCGAGGUUGAUCCAACCACGCUCGAAUUCGUUGAGCCUCUAUGGAACGGCCAGAACAGCGCAUUCUCCGGUUUCCAUCGGUCCCCGGAGCCUUUCUUCUAA